AUGGCGAAAGCUCCUCAAGACUUACAAAUCGCCAUUCUGGGCGCAGGCAUGGGCGGUCUGACUUGCGCUUUGGCUCUGGCUAAACAGGGAUUCAAGAACAUUGAUGUUUACGAAAAUGCCAGCGACCUCGGCUUUGUCGGCGCUGGUAUUCAAUUGGCGCCAAACAUGGCCCGCGUUUUGGAUGGACUCGGUGUCUGGAAGGGUAUUGAGGCCGAGGCUGUGAAUAUUGAGGAUACAUCAGUGCGAGAUGGCGCAACGGACACUGAGCACGCACAUGUGGACCUGCAAUACAUUGAACAGACAUACGGAUAUAAGCACAUGGUUGGCCAUCGUGCAUCAUUAGCCAAUGGACUAUACGAGGGCUGCAAACAUCACUCCACAAUCAAGUUCCAUUUCGGAACCAACGCAGAUAACGUGGACUUUGGCCCUCGGCCAUCAUUCACAGCUAAGCCUCGCGCGGAGGGAGCUGCUCCGUUCAAGGUUGAGUGCGAUUUGCUUCUCGCUGCGGACGGUAUUAAGAGUGUCACCCGUGUGGAGAUGCUGAAGCGAUUGGGGGUCGACGUUGGUGUAAAAGACACCCAUCAGGCUGCCUAUCGUAUCAUGAUUCACAAAGAUCAGAUCAAGGACGAUCCCGAGCUUUUGGCCCUCAUCAAUAGCAACCGUGUGACACGCUGGAUUGGCGCAAAGCGUCACAUUAUUGCCUACGCCGUCUCCAACAAUACCAUCUACAAUCUUUCCACCACCCAGCCCGACACCAAUUUCGCAGCCGCCACAAACGCUACCUACACCACCAAGGGCUCCAAGCCUGCCAUGAUGAGCGUCUUCGCUGACUUCUGCCCCAUGGUUCAGCGAAUGUUAAACUACGUUCCCGAAGGCGAGGUCUGCGAGUGGAAGCUGCGUGUCCACGACCCGCUCCCCACUUGGGUUCACGAUUCCGUUGCCUUGGUUGGUGAUGCUUGCCACCCUACCCUGCCUCACCUGGCUCAGGGUGCUGCACAGGCUAUUGAGGAUGGAGCCGUUCUCGGAGUGGUUCUCUCCAAACUCCCCGAUACCACCCCCGAGUCUAUCAAUAAGGCCCUCCGCGUUUACGAGAAGGUCCGCAAGAGCCGCGCUGAGGCUUUGGUCGAGAUGGCUACCGCUUCUGGUCGUGCCCUGCACUUGGGUGAGGGUGCUGCUAAGGAGGAACGUGACAAGCAGUUUGCUGCCCUCCGCGCGGGCAAGGGACCCGUGCCUGAUAAGUGGGCCGAUGCCGAUGUACAGCGUGAGAUCUAUGGCUUUGACUGCACUAAGAUCGCCGCGGAUAAUUUCGAUGAAUACUUCUCGCAGAUGUAA